ACGCAAUACGAUAUGCGCAAUCAAAUUUUAACCGGCUGUUAACUGUUAAAUUUGCUCAUCUAGUACAUUUAUUUAUUAAUUUUAUUUAAAAAAAUGCGAGAACAAUAAUUACUGAAUUAAGUUUGAUUCACCUUGAACUAUAAUCGUCAAUGAUGCACUGAUGUGAACAAUUAUAUAAUCAAAUCAAUUUUCUUCAUUAUUUCAUAUCAUGGAAAACAUUUUAUAUGUGGUCUCUGCUGUGCAUCUCACUUUAUGUCCAUUUACCAAAGUUGAAGAGAGUUUUAACAUACAAGCAAUGCAUGAUAUUUUAUAUUUGAAAGGGAAUCUAUCACAAUAUGAUCAUUUAGAGUUUCCCGGUGUUGUACCUCGAACAUUUAUAGGACCUUUAGUGAUAUCAGCUUUAGCAUAUCCAGUUUUCAUAAUUCUUAAGUUUUAUGAAUUCAACAAAUUUUACAGUCAGAUUUUGGUCCGUGCAGUUCUUGGAGCAAUAGUUAUCACGAGUAUCAAGUAUUUUCAAAAAUCAAUUAAAAAAGUGUUUGGUAAAGGGGUAGCUCGAUGGUUUAUUGUUAUAACUGCAUCUCAAUAUCAUUUGAUGUUCUAUUCAAGCAGACCUCUUCCAAAUAUGUUGGCAUUUCCUUUAGUUAUGGUAGCAUUAAGUUCUUGGAUUAGAGGAAAUCAUACUAUUCUCAUAUGGAGUUCUGGCGUUGCUGUUUUGGUUUUUCGAUCAGAGCUAGUUAUUUAUCUAGGAGUUAUUGUAUUAAUAGAAUUAUUAUAUAGCCGUCUAGGAGUAUUAAGAUUAUUGAAACUUGGAUGUCUAUGUUUACUAACUAUUCUUAUACUAAAUGCAGCUGUUGAUUCUAUAUUUUGGGGUCGUUUAUUAUGGCCAGAAGGUGAAGUAUUAUGGUUCAAUACAAUACUGAAUAAAAGCAGCCAGUGGGGUACUUCACCAUUUUUAUGGUAUUUUUAUUCAGCAAUACCACGUGGUUUAGGAUGUUCUUUAUUUUUGGUACCUUUCGGCAUGAUUUAUGAUAUACGAAUUACAAGACUUAUUAUACCAGCAUUGAUUUUUGUUAUAUUGUAUUCUAUACUACCACAUAAAGAGUUACGUUUCAUAAUUUAUAUUUUUCCAGUAUUAAAUGUUUCCACUGCAGCAUUUUGUCACAGGAUAUGGCAAUCAAGAUUGAAUCCUAAAGGAUUAAUCAAUUUAAUUGCAUUGGCAUUUUGUGCUGGUCAUAUAAUUGGAAAUAUAGUUUUUACCAUAUUAUUAAGUAGCGCAGCAAUGAAAAAUUAUCCAGGUGGUACAGCAAUAACAAUAUUACAUAAAUUUGAAAAUAAUGUAAAUGCCAAUUAUUCAAUUCAUGUUGGAAAUCUUGCUGCACAAACGGGUGUUACACGUUUUACUCAACUCAGUAAUAAUUGGAUUUAUAAAAAAACAGAAAAUCUUAAAGCAGGAUGUGAGGAACUUAUGUCUUUCACUCACUUAAUUGUUGAUGCAAGCAGUAGAGAUAAUGGAGAAAUGUUACCAUAUCGUCAUACUCACACAGUAAUUACAACUGUGUUAGGAUUUUCCAAUAUUAACUUUAAUUAUAAUCAAUUUCCACCUGUAAAGAUUAAAACUAAACCACAAAUAUUUGUGUUAAAAAGAAAUGCAGAGAAAAUAAGUGUGAAAAGUAGCAUUAAAAAAAUUGUUGAAAAAUAUAAAAAUACGUAUGAACCAAUUUUAAAACCAGAUUUAGAGGAAAAUAACAUUAAACGUGGAAGAAUGAAAAUGAUAACAUAAGGGUGAUUUAUAAACAAUAAAUUAUAUAUAUUGAAAGCUCAACUUUAUUUAAAAAGUUAUUAAGCUCAAAAUUUUACUACUGCUUAGUGUGAUAAUUAUUUAGGUUAACAUCAUAAAAAAUUGAAUGAAGCUUUUAAAAUACUAAUGUUGAAAUGUAUGGUGCUAUAAUGUGUUCACUUAAUAAUGAGUAAUAGUAAUAAAAUAGUUGAGAGUAAUUAUAUAAUACUACAGAGUAAGAAGUUAAACACUUUUCUUGUACAAUUAUAAUAAA